UCGUCCAUAACCAAGAUUAAGCUGUGAAGGGUACUUGAACCCUAAUCCCCCCUUAACCUUACAAACCACAGAGAGAGCUUCGCAACACAAAGGAACAAUGGGAGUGGAGAAGGAGGUGCUGAGAUCUGGAACCGGUCCCAAACCCGUCCCAGGACAGUUGGUCACUGUCCACUGCACCGGAUUCGGGAAAAAUGGCAACUUGUCUGAGAAGUUUUGGAGCACAAAGGACCCUGGACAGAAGCCUUUCUCAUUCAAAAUCGGUCAAGGCUCAGUUAUAAAAGGAUGGGAUGAAGGUGUGCUUGGCAUGCAACUGGGAGAAGUUGCUCGUCUCCGGUGCUCCCCAGACUAUGCUUACGGCGCCAGUGGGUUCCCUGCAUGGGGCAUACAACCAAAUUCAGUGUUGGUCUUUGAAAUUGAAGUUCUGAGUGCUCAGUAAUCCAAUCUCUUUGCACUGCUAAUGUAGUUUGUUAUGAUCAGAUCUGCUUUUGGCUGCGUUUUGUUUUUUAAAUCUAUCCAGAGAUAGUUUGUAUGUUUAAAUUCAGGUAACUUUUGAAUCUCCUGGUCAUGAAGCAGUAUCUGCUUCUAUUAUAAGUGCAUUAAUAAGAAGUGCUUAGUGUGCUUUAAUGAUGUCCA